GGUUUAGCAUUUCCUUGAUCGGCCAUUUUAUAAGACGCUUCGUGUUCGCGUAUGUUUGCAUGCUUGAUAUCUUUUACUCUUUUUAAUUACGAACUUUGAUAUAAGUUCCUUGAUUGAUUUAGUUCAUUCAGUGAAAGAAUUUUCAAAGAUGAUUAAACAAGAGGAGAGUCAAGUGCAGAAUAAUGAUGAAAGGGACCGAAGUAGGGAACGUGAUCGUAAUAGAAGACAAGAUCGACAAAAUCGUAUAAAUUCUACAAGUCGUGAUCGUAGUAGGGAACGAAACGAUCGUGGUGGUCGGAAAGCUUCAGAUCGACGAAUCUAUGUAUCAAACAUUCCUUAUGAUUUCCGUUGGCAAGAUCUAAAGGACUUAUUCCGCACAGAAGUUGGAAAAGUUGCACAUGUAGAACUUUUUACUGAUGAAAAUGAUAAACCAAGAGGUUGUGGUAUUGUUGAGUUUGAAGAUUCAGAUUCAGUAAAAAUUGCUGUAGAAAAAAUGCACCGUUAUGAUAUCAAAGGAAGAAAAUUAGUCGUCAAAGAGGUAGAUUUUGAUGUUGAACGAGAUAAAUAUGGUCGCUUGGCAACAGCUCGUAACAAUGAAAGGGUUCGUGAUGAUAGAUUUAGAGAUCCACCAAGACCACAAGGUGGAGGGCGUCAGAAUAUGAAUGCUCCUGCUGGUGGUGGUGGUGGUGGUGGUGGAGGUGGUGGCGGCGGCGGCGGUGGUGGUGAUAGUAAAUUUGGAAAUACCUAUGGUCUAAGUACUCAAUUUUUAGAAUCUUUAGGUAUUAAUGGACCUUUAGUUACUAGAGUAUUUGUAGCAAAUCUUGAUUACAAAGUGGAUGAAAAGAAAUUAUUGGAAGUAUUUAAAUUAGCUGGUAAAGUACUACAUGUUGAAUUAGGAAAAGAUAAAGAUGGUAAAUCACGAGGAUUUGGUGUAGUAGAAUAUGAUCAUCCAGUAGAAUCUGUGCAAGCUAUAUCAAUGCUGCAUAAUCAACAACUUUAUGACAGACGUAUGACAGUAAGACUUGAUAGAGCAAAUGAACCAGAUAUGCCACCAAAAUUACCAGAAGGUUUGAAAGGAAUUGGAAUGGGACUUGGAGCUGGUGGUAAUAGAUUAAUGGAUGUAGCUAGAAACAUUCCUAAUGUACAAGCAAAUAAUCCACCCGUUGUGAAUCCUAUUUCUGCUCCUGUAUUAGCUGCUGGUGCUUUUGGGGCUGGUUUAAAUAAUGUUGUACCAGCACAAUUAGCAUCUGCGUUGACAAAUACAAAUGCAGCAGCUCUUCAAGCAAGUCUUGCUGGAGGUUUGAGUGCUAACCUGACCACGAGUUCUUUGCUAAAUUCAUCAUUAACAAAUGAAUUGGCUUCUAAUCUAAAUAACUUCGGCGGAGGAGUUGGAGGUUUGUCUAAUUUACAAGCCUCUUUAGCUGGUGGACAAAGCAACAAUUCAUUUGCGCCGCGAGGCUUAUCUAAAAUGGACAAUGAUGUAGGCUUCGGUGGAAACAAUGCUUUUGGUGGUUCUAACUUCGGUGGGGGCAGAGAUUUUGAUGGUGGAUUCAACAGAGGAGACAACGAUCGUGUUCCUGGUGGAGGUGGUGGUUUCGCUGGGAAUCAAGGACAAGGUGGAGGUGGCAACAGACAAAAUACAAAUGGUUCACGACCAAUGUCGGAUACUAUUCUUAUAGGAAAUCUUCCUCCUAAUACAACAUGGCAAAUGUUGCGCGAUAAAUUCCAAGACGUUGGAGAGGUCAAAUUUGCUGAAAUGCGGGGUACUGAUAUGGGCAUGGUACGAUUUGCAUCUGAAUGGGAUGCUGAACGCGCUGUGUCUAUGAUGAAUCGGUCACGUAUCGAUGGCAGAACGAUCGAUGUUCGCCUUUACUAAAAACUGGAAACUCAAGCGAGAGGAGACUGGGUGUUCGUAUGUCGUCUGCAGGAUUGUUCCACUCCUGAUGACAAUACUUGAAAUUCAUCCUAGUAGUGUGGCAGAACUUAGGACAGUGGGUGAGAAGUAUCUGUCGUUGGAAGAUCAACAGUUGUGUUUUAUGCCUACUUCAACGUUGAAACACUUAUUGGCUGCCGAUGAUCACCCUUCCUUGCUACGACUAUUUCAUUCGAAAUUCUUUUACCAGAUUAUCGUUCCUUUUUACAGUGGAAGUCUACUAAUUGUUCACUCUUAAAUUAAUUUUUUCGAGUGAUCGAUACAUAGUUUAGUUGUUAGAUUUAGGUUCAUAAUGUUCUACGUAAUCUAUAGGUUUUUCAGUAUAUAGGUUUAUGCUAUUUACAGUAAUUAUCAAAUGUAACUUGUAAGUUUAUUUCUUAGUUUUCACGAUGAGAGAUCAAUCGAUUUUCCCACAUUCCGAUUGAACAUGACGCUUUGGUCGUUCGCGGAGUGGUUUAUCGAGCAGGGACAGAUUAAUCUUUCAAGCAUAAAUAUUAACGCGAUAUAGCUGUUACGGAUUUUACAAGUUAAAGUUUAUCUAUGUAUGAUAGAUACUUUCAUGCACAAUCCUACACAGAUCGUGGACGUGUGUCGAUUUGUCUGUGGUAUCGUCGCACUUUAUUCUUGUAUCCAAUACAUAGUAAGAUACAUCAUGGCUCAACAGGGGACUAUAUUGUUUUCAUUGUAGUUCUGCGAUUUGAUCUUUUAUUCGUCGCGCCACAUCGUUCUAGUAACUUGGAGAUUCAAUUGUAGUUGAGCAUACAAAAUUUUAGUUGUCAUUAGGAAGAUCCCUUUCAGUUCACUCGUUUCGAGACUUCAGUGAACAAAUAUUGGAUGAUUUGUCUUAUAUAUUGCAGAAUUUGUCUUACUUAUUGUGCAACAAUAAUAUGUUUACCAAAAAAUACAAAAUAUCUUUGUCUAAGGAACAAUUUUUAAUAUCUUUCAGAUUUUAAAAAAAUCGAAAUAAUAACUCUUUUCAACUAAUUUUAUAAAUAUAUUCUUUGGUAAACAUAUUUCCUCUCGCCAUGUAGAUCUCGAGGAACAUUCUGCGCAUUGUAUAACACUCUUGUAUAACCACGACAUCAUGACAGUGAUUGAAUAAAAUCCAAAUCCGUUUUGACUACAAAAAAUAUGCUCGUCGUUGUGUUUUAUUUCUGUGUUGUUGUGAUUCUUUAUACUUUAAGCAGGUUUAAACUGGAUAUGCAUUGGCAUAGAGGAUAUCGUUUCUGCUACUUUUAUGUGUGCAAUACAUUUACCUGAAUAACUUUUUUCAAAUGUAUUGCACUUAAGCAAAAAUUUCUACUUAAAAAUUUUAUAAUUGUACCUCUACAUAGUAGUACUCCAUGCUUACUUUUGAAAUCUGUAAGCUUCACAAUCUGUGAGAUAAAUAUUUGUUUACAUCGCAGGUGAGAUAUUUUUCAGGUGAUUGUGGUUUUCUAUUCCUCUAUAAUGAAUAUAUUUCAAGAAGGAAUAAUUUGCUUGAAAUUGAUCAAAUAUUUGUUCUUUCAUCAAUGUCCAAUGGAAUGCAUCAUUAAAGUAAUAUUCGAAUUAUUAAGUUAUAUAUAGUAUUCUUCUUAUAAGUAUUAACAAUUUUACUAUUUGAUUGAAGUAGUGGAUUUUACAGGUUUUGAAAAAGUUAAAACUUUGGUAAUGUAGCAUUUCAUCUAUAACAUUGUGGUUGAUUCUUAUUUUAUUGUAGUAUCGAGACCGCAUCUUCCGUAUUAUUUAUUAUAAAAAUAGUUUAAAUGAUUGCAAAAAUCUAUAUUUUAAGUGAAUUUAUAUAAAGUAAGAAACAAUUACUUUCAUAACUUGAUACUAUAAUUCGUAUGGUAAGUGGUGGUAAAUAUAUUAUGCUCUAGUCUUUGCCGUAAUUGCCAAUUAAAUAUUUUAUGUGUGUUCAAAUCACUAUGCGUAUGGAAUUUUUUAAUAACCAUCGUCGAUCUCCGCUGUGUGGUUGCUAAAUUUGUUUCUUAACAUUUGAAGGAUGUGGUCUUUUUUUUCUUAUAAUGUCAUUGAAGUCAGAUAGGGUUUUACUUUAUAACGCAUGAGAUCGUGUGCAAUGGUUUGUUGUAUUAUUUCCAUCGUAAGUGAUUGAUCAGUUGUGUUUUAUUAUUCUAUGAGAUAUUUUGGAAGAAGGAUGUUACGUGUUUCGACAAAUAUGGGAAAAUAGGGAUAUAGUAUCUCCUCUUUGAUAUCGUUUAAACGUUCAUUGUCGAAAUUGUUUGAAUAUGUGCCUGAAAAUAAAAUUUUAUUAUGGAGGAUCAGACUAAA